AUGGCAGUAAAUCCUUUGCCAUCAUCUCUUCCUGGCAGCGUCAAUCCGUAUUUCAACGCCUACAAAAACUCGCUUUUUACCGAUGUCGAAAAACAGAAAACAACCUGCAAAGUAAGGCUGAAGACUUCAAUAAAUUAUCAUGUGAUAGAAGUUUCCAAACAGGACGCGCGAUGGCGCGCUAACAUACAGAUUUGGGGUCAUGAUCAGCAUCCCUUCAAUGAAUGAAGGUUUUUAGCAGUGAGCGCGUCUAAACUCAGCUUGUUUCUGUCUCUUGGGUUUGUAGAAACGUUUUAUCCAUAGACUGGUGUAUGUAGCGACGAGAAAGCUAAACGCUGACGAUAAUCAAAGUGCAAUUGCAGGUAAAAAAAUAAAAAGGUAAAAUCUUAGCCAGAAUGUAUUUCUAGAGAAUGAGUUGCUCACUGUCUGCUUGUCUUCAUUCCAGAAUACUAUGAGCAAUUUUUGUCGAAAUUCCAGAAAAACACACAGACUGAAAAAGUCACUGGCAUACUGCUAUUAUAUCCCAAAAGUAUCAUUCAUUUGAUGGAGGUAUGUUGAGAAUUAACAAUUUUACCUCACUUACAGAUGUUGGUGUAUCACCAUUAGUAGCAUUAUAAAUGGCAUUUCUUUGGUUUUAGUCCUCUUCAGAAGUUCUCCACAUGAUUCUGGAAGAUCUGAACGAAAUGGAGAAAAUCCCAAAGUAAGAUUUCCUCUGACUCCUCCUCAUCGAGGAUAGAUGGUCCUUGCUUUGCUCUGCUAUCUGGACCCCUGUAGCUCAGUUGGUAGAGCAUGGCGCUUGCAACGCCAGGGUUGUUGUGGGUUCGUUUCCAACGGGGGGCCAGUAUGAAAAUGAAUGCACUCACUAAUUGUAAGUCGCUCUGGAUCAGAGCGUCUGCUAAAUUAUGUAAAUGUAAUAUCUGACUGGAUGUUUUUGGCCCAGAUGCCCACUGAAGGAGGUGCGUAUCCUGGUGGUGUCUCAUUGUGUGCUGAGACGUAUGUUCCCGUUGUGGGGCUACCGCUUCGUGACGCUGCCCCUCAGCCUCCAGGACCCCAACCCACAGACCCAGCCCGUGGAGACCCUGGUCCCAGACAGCCUGGCCAUGAUCUACAAGAUGUGUGUGUGUCUACUCAAACGCAGGGUAAAGGAGAUGCAAACACUGUUGGUGGUGAAUGUCUGUACAUGCCAAUUUUAAGACAAAUCCAUCCUUUCCUUUGUAAGGUAUUUUGAUUUGAUGCAUGUAAGCCCUCUACAUGAGAGGAGUGUCACAGGCCUGUUUGUGUGGUUCUAUAGAGUAGCUGUUCAGUGUGUGUGUUGUUCUAUAGGGUAGCUGUUCAGUGUGUGUGUUGCUCUAUAGGGUAGCUGUUCAGUGUGUGUGUUGUUCUAUAGGGUAGCUGUUCAGUGUGUGUGUUGCUCUAUAGAGUAGCUGUUCAGUGUGUGUUGUUCUAUAGGGUAGCUGUUCAGUGUGUGUGUUGCUCUAUAGAGUAGCUGUUCAGUGUGUGUUGUUCUAUAGGGUAGCUGUUCAGUGUGUGUGUUGUUCUAUAGGAUAGCUGUUCAGUGUGUGUGUUGCUCUAUAGAGUAGCUGUUCAGUGUGUGUUGUUCUAUAGGGUAGCUGUUCAGUGUGUGUGUUGCUCUAUAGAGUAGCUGUUCAGUGUGUGUUGUUCUAUAGGGUAGCUGUUCAGUGUGUGUGUUGCUCUAUAGAGUAGCUGUUCAGUGUGUGUGUUGUUCUAUAGGGUAGCUGUUCAGUGUGUGUGUUGCUCUAUAGAGUAGCUGUUCAGUGUGUGUUGUUCUAUAGGGUAGCUGUUCAGUGUGUGUUGUUCUAUAGGGUAGCUGUUUAGUGUGUGUGUUGCUCUAUAGAGUAGCUGUUGAGUGUGUGUGUUGUUCUAUAGGGUAGCUGUUCUGUGUGUGUGUUGUUCUAAAGGGUAGCUGUUCAGUGUGUGUGUUGCUCUAUAGAGUAGCUGUUCAGUGUGUGUUGUUCUAUAGGGUAGCUGUUCAGUGUGUGUGUUGCUCUAUAGAGUAGCUGUUCAGUGUGUGUGUUGUUCUAUAGGGUAGCUGUUCAGUGUGUGUGUUGCUCUAUAGAGUAGCUGUUCAGUGUGUGUUGUUCUAUAGGGUAGCUGUUCAGUGUGUGUGUUGCUCUAUAGAGUAGCUGUUCAGUGUGUGUGUUGUUCUAUAGGGUAGCUGUUCAGUGUGUGUGUUGUUCUAUAGGGUAGCUGUUCAGUGUGUUAUGUUGUUCUAAACCAUAUGAGGUCCGGGGGCUGCCGUUUUUGUUUAGUUUUUUUGUUUGCAUUUUAUCCCCAAUUUCGAUCUCGUCUCAUCGUUGCAACUCUCCAACGUGCUCGGGAGAGGCGCAGGUCGAGUCAUGCGUCCUCAGAAACAUGACCCGCCAAAACGCGCUUCUUAACACCGGCCCGCUUAACACAGAAGCCAGCUGCACCAAUGUGUCGGAGGAAACACAGCUCAACUGAUGACUGAAGUCAGCCUGCAGGUGCCAGGCCCGCCACAAGGAGUCGUAGAGCGUGAUGAGCCAAGUAAAGCUGUGUGCUGUUCUAUAGGGUAGCUGUUCAGUGUGUGUGUGUGUGUGUGUGUUGUUCAAAUCUAUAGGGUAGCUGUUCAGUGUGAGAGUGUGUGUGUUACAGGGUAGCGGUUCAGGCCAGGAUGAUCAGGAGCAGGCUCUUCUGUUAGAGGAGGAUACAGUCAUCUACCUCUGUCAGAGUCCU